AUGCAGAGGACAAAUUCGUUCAGGUGCCCCGCCCCCUCGACUCUGCACUCCACACCUUGCCAUCAAAGACUCCCUUCUUCGAAAGAAGAAGCACAAACGUUGUUGUGGCCCACUUUCCCCUCCUGUCGAGCUUUUUUUAUCUGUCUUGUUGUGGUCUGUGUCAGGAGGAGAACCUCUAUGUCGCCCUCGUCUGUCUCUGUAGUGUUUUGCAUUCAUCCUUUUCUGCACUACCACAUGACUUUGUUUUCUGAUGGAUUUCUUGUGAUGAAAUUCUCAAUGUUUACUGUUGGUAUACAUGAAAAUAACAUUGAUGAAGAACCACUUGUUUCUGUUUCUUAUAUGUAUGUCUAUGUGUAA